GGCAGACUCCACCUGAACAUACAGACUUCAUCCUGCUCUGUUAGCGAAAGAAAACACUUACAAGGAUAUCUAAUCAUCCACAUACAGGAGGAUGAAGAGACACACAUCAGGAGGAGGAAGAUGAUGAUAAACUGAAGAAAGAGAAGCAGAUCAACAUGAGCAGCAUAAUAACAUGAAGAUCAGCAACAUCAGAAAUGAACAGAGAUGAUGAUCAACUGAUGAAGAGCAGAAGAUCAACAUGACCAGCAGAGAGAGCAGAGCCGUUGUUCGCGGUUCUGCUCACAAAAGAAGUCGAAGCAAAGAACUAGAGCCUCCAUUAAUGUGUGAGAAGCUGAAUGUGUUGGUGUGCGGGAGCGACGGCUCACUGAAAUCCUCCAUCUCAGAGCUGAUCCUGCAACACACACACAGAAGAUCAGAGAGUGUGAGGACAGACGUGAUCCAUGUGCUGGAGCUUCCAGCUCUGUUCAACACUGGGCUCUCAGAGGAGGAAGUGAUGCGUCAGACUCUCCGCUGUGUGUCUCUCUGUCAUCCUGGAGUUCAUGCUUUCCUCCUCAUUAUUCCUGACGCUCCACUCAAUAAUGAAGACAGAGCAGAAAUGGAGGAGAUCCAGAAGAUCUUCAGCUCCAGAAUCAACAAACACAUCAUGAUCCUCAUCAUGCAGAACUCAGAGCAUCAGACAGCAGAACUCAGUGAAGAAACACAGGCUGUCAUUCAGAGUUUUGGAGGAAGACAUCAUUACUUCAGUCCUGAAACACAAGUGUCCACAUUGAUGGAGAACAUUGAGCAGAUGCUGGAGGAAAACAGAGGAGGUGUUUACUCCACAGAGACAUUCCUGGAGGCGCAGAUGAGUAAAUUGGUGAAAUAUGAGAAGAUGAAGAAGAAAAUAAACUCACUGGAGACACAUUUACUAUCACGAGGUUCAAGAGUAAGCACAGAGGAUGAAGUGAGGAUUGUUCUUCUGGGCAAAACUGGAGUCGGGAAAAGUACAACGGGAAACACAAUCUUAGGAAGAAAAGCUUUUACAGCAGAAACAUCUCACCUAUCAGUGACUAAAGAGAGUCAGAGAGAAACAUCUGAAAUCAAUGGCAGACAGGUCACUGUGGUCGACACUCCAGGAGUGUUUGAUACUGAACUCACUGAAGAGGAGAUCCAGAGAGAAAUCAGACACUGCAUCUCCAUGAUUCUGCCUGGACCACACGUGUUCAUCAUCGUGCUCAGUUUAGGACAGAGAUUCACUAAAGAGGAGGAAACAUCAGUGAAGAUCAUCCAGGAGACGUUUGGGGAAAACUCUCUGAUGUUCACCAUGGUGCUCUUCACCAGAGGAGAUGAUCUGAAGAAUAAAUCCAUUGAAGAGUUUCUGGGUAAACCUGGAUCUCCUCUGAUGAACCUGAUUGAAGCUUGUGGACACAGAUAUCAUGUGUUCAACAAUAAUCAGCCUGAAGAGCGAACACAAGUGUCUGAUCUACUGGAGAAGAUAGACAACAUGGUGAAGGCAAACGGAGGAAGCUUCUACUCAUGUAAGAUGUUCAGAGAGAUGGAGAGAGAAAAACAAGAACAACAGAUGAAGAUCCUGAUGGACAGAGUCAGAGAAACUGAAGAAGAGAUGAAGAAACUAGAGGAAGAGAAAGACAGAAUGAAGAUGAUGAUGGAGGAGGAACGACAGAAGCAGGAGACAGAGAGAAAGAGGAGAGAAGAAGAACUGAAGAGAGAAAUAAGAGAAGGAGAGGAACAUCAGAGAGAGAUGAAAGAGGAGAUGAAGAGAGAACGAGAAACAUUUAGACACGAGAUAGAGGAAAUCAGGAGAGAAAAAGAGAAAAUAGAGAAAGAGAAGAGAAAAAAAAUUUAA